AUGCGUCUGCAAGUGUCGUUACUUUAUCUGUUGCUCAUUUCUGCAAUUGGAGUGCUUGCUGUGCCUGCGCCGACUCCUGCGCCGACUCCUGCGCCGAUUUCUGCUCCCACUCUUGCUCCGACUACAACUGACGUCGCCAGUCUCCAGCAGAGAGCCCCAGAUGAUUAUGACCCCCAUAUCACAAUUGACAUUCCCACGAUCAAGCCCUUCAGUCUGUCGCUGGAUCUGCCUUCCAACACCUGCACACCUACCGUUACUCCCGAUGCGAAUGGCUACGUGCCGCCGAGCGAGUGCAAUGCCCUCUACCAGUACUACCCUUCCUUUGGCGCUGCACUCGCCUUUUCCGUCCUCUUCGGUAUCCUGAUGAUCGCGCAUUUUGUCCAGGCCACUGUUCACAAGGCAGGGUUCGUCUGGGUCAUCUUGAUGAGUGCGGCAUGGGAGUGUAUCGGGUUCCUGACACGCACACUGAGUACGCGGAAUCAGCAGGACACUACUCUUGCCACAAUCACUCAGUUGUUCAUUCUUCUGUCUCCAUUGUGGGUCAAUGCAUUCGACUACAUGGUUCUGGCUCGGAUGAUCCAUUUCUUUCUACCGGACCGUCGAAUAGGCAUCUUCAAUCCCUCCCUGCUCGCCAUGAUCUUUGUCCUCUUGGACCUGGGAUCCUUCGUUAUCCAAUUGAUUGGAGGUGGCAUGGCUGGGCCCGGGGCGGAUCAAGCCACGAUGAUGAAGGGUGUUCACAUCUACAUGGGGGGCAUUGGUAUCCAACAGUUCUUCAUUGUUCUCUUCCUCUUUAUCGCAGUCCAAUUUCACCGCCAGAUGCUCCACCUAGAUCGCCAGGGAAGACUGGUCGGAAUCAAGACGAAAUGGAGAGGCUUACUGUAUGCGUUAUACGCGAGUCUGCUGUUCAUUACUGUGCGCAUCAUCUAUCGGCUGGUGGAAUUCUCCUCAGGGACCGACGCUUCAAACCCCAUUCCACGGCACGAAUGGUACUUGUACGUUUUCGACGCAGUGCCCAUGUGGUUUGCCAUUAUGGUCUGGAACGUGGUACAUCCCGGGGCCAUCAUCAGAGGUCCCGACGCAAAGAUGCCCCCAAGCCCUCUGCGCAAGAUCUUUUGCUGCGCAUGCUGUUGUUCCUGCUGCAAAAAGCGAAAGCACAAGGACAUGCAGAAGAUCCCGACUAAUGACCACCUAGGAGGAGACGAGAUGUUGCCACUGCGUGAGCGGGCGGCAUCCCCUUACAGAUGA